AUGAUCUGCAGUGUUUCCUACGAAGUAACAGUACGAAGAAUGAACUGUCUGCCAGAUCCACCGGAACCAUUCGUUGACUUAGAAAAAAAUGUAAGCGACGAAAUAAUGAAAGUAUUAACGAAAGCUACCGAUCGUGAACAGGAAAAAUUGCAAGAUACGGAUAAGUUGGAUGAUAUUCAAAAUACAAAAGCAUUCGCUGCUACAAACAUUCAAAAAGUUGAUGAAAAGAAGCAAACCAAGUAA